AUGCCAAACAUCUGUAUUUAUGAUUUUGCCAGAGGACUGGCCACCCAUGCCAAUGUACGGAGACCAGAAGCAAUGCCAUUUGCACUGUAUCCUCUGCGACUUGCAGAGGAUACAGAAGACAAUCUGAGGGCUGCACUGAGUGGAACCCUUACUGUUAUUCUACCUUGGCUGAAUGAAAAGAAGUUGGAUGAAGAUGUCAGUUGCCAUCCAGUGACUGGUUCCUCAGAUCACUAUGCACUAUAUGACAAAUUCCACGAGUCUAAUUCUAAGGAUGUGCGAGACUCAACCAGAAAGAUCCAGCUUGUUCCAGAGUUGGCUGGAAGUGUUAACACACAAGCCGCAGAACAGCUUUUUUCAGGAAUGAGGAAGAACAACUAUUUCCUAAAUAUGAUGUCACCUACCACUCACAUGUUUUUUGUCAGAAAUAUUUUGCAUAGUCAAAAUGAAGAGAAAAACAAAUCAAUGCUGACAAAAAUCCAAAAGGGCUACUCAAAAGCUAAUGUGAACCUCCAAAAAGAUUCGCUUGGACGUUUGGUUGAAGAUAAAGAGAACGGGGGUCCUCAAAGGACCAGCCUACACAUGAUAAGACCUACUAAAGCUUGCUGGAGCAAGCCACUGACUCAAUCACAGCGUAAACUGGUAAUGUAACUGCAGUCCUCCAUUAUGAUUAAAGGGAUAGUUCACCCAAAAAUGAUAAU